AUGAGGGUUGUUAUCGUCGCGCUGAUUUCAGCAUCAUUUAUCGUUUGUACGUCUGCUAAGGUUAAGACGACAAAGAAAAAACCUUCAGAUGCUCCGGUUGUAACACUUGACUACUUGUUGUAUGAACCGGAUGGAGAAACCGCCAUGUGGAUAUCCGAGUUUAACUCAUCGCUGGACAAAGUUUACCAAACCGCAAGUCGGUGGCUAAGGAAAGAAAUAUAUUACAAUUUAAAACUUCAAACUGGGAAUAUAGCUCAGGUCGACGAAUAUACGUCGUCAAAAGUAGACGAUCUGAGAAAAAAGGGCAAAGAAGUGAAUCCCUUCGACGCUUUGCAUUACGUAAUAAAAGAAGCAAAGGAAUUAACUGACAACCCCUCUGACAUUCUCUGCCUUGUCACAAAAACACCGCUGACAAUUUACAAAGGCGGUUUUGGUUUAUAUCAUCCGUUGUGUAAGGAUGUGGUACCACUUAUUUUAACAUACGACUCCAAGAACAUCACUGCGACGGGCGAAAGCCUGGGUUUUUUAAUUAGAGACACCCUUAAUAUAAGUAACGUCUACACCUGGGUCGUUAAGACAUCAGAAGAGGAAAGGAAACAGCGUUUUGAUAAUUGUCAAAUUCAACGUCAAUUGAAAAAAGAAACAGUGAUGUGA